ACGCCAUGUCGCCGGCGCGCGCGCUCACGUUCGCGGCUCUAUGGGCUUGCGCAGCCGCUGACACUCGGGCCCCACCCGACACUGUUAAUGACGAUGUUUUUCAUAAAACGAAAAUCCCCGUCACUAACACCACACCUCGAAGUGAUGUAAAAAUUUACGAUUAUCAAUAUACCGGUUCAGUGAACGAUUUUGGUUUUAGCGGCGCGAGUUUGUGGGAUGCUGGGCUGGACCCUGAUGAAGAUGUAAUUUACAGAUUGAGCGAUGAGGAGUACUAUGAAAUGCCUCAUCUCUUCCACCUGGACGAGUACGUGGGCUGCCUGGCACGGCGCGGCGCCUACUGCCUCGGCAGCUUCGAACUGUCCCCCAAUGGGUACAGCCCGCUCUUCAACACCAUGCAGCGCUACUCCGCCAACUGGGUGGACUACUACAACCACACGCGUCUGCACCGCGGCGUGUGCUUGACCCGCAGCUGCGCGCCCGCCCACCGCCCCGCGCUCUCUACGCCGGCGCUCAAAGCAUGGUUCGCAUCCUGCGUGAACACCAGCACUAUGGCGGCAUACAACCUGUCGGCCCGACUCUACCGGCUGGAGUACUGCCGCCGAGGGCCCGAGCGCGCGCCGCCUCUCAACGCCAACGAGAGAGGCUUCGCGGGUUUCUUGGCGGUGCUGUUCGGCCUCGCUAUGAUUAGCACCGCUUUGGAUUUGACGCUGACUGAUCAGGCUAAAAAAGGCUACGGUUGGGCGCUCUCCUGGUCGGUGCGUUCCUCGUGGCGCGCGCUCACAGCACCCGCGCCGGUCUCCCAGGGCGUCGACUUACGCGUUUUCGACGGCCUGCGAGUGUUCUGCCUCCUGGGCAUCAUCCUCGACCACGUGAUCUUGGUCGGUUUGCUCUCCUAUGUCGCCGAUACGAGGACUUACGAACAGAUGACCCGCUCGGCGGAUGCGAUCCUGGUGAUUAAUAGCAGCCUGGUGGUGCAGAUCUUCUUCCUGAUGGCCAGCUUCCUGCUGGCGCACAAGCUACUCAAGCAGCGCUCCCCAUCAUCCGCCGUCAGCACUUUCUUCUACGCCAUGUUCAAUAGAGUAAUCAGGAUAUGUCCAAGCUACUACGUGGUGGUAUGGUUCGCGUCGUCGGUGUAUGAGCGGCUGGGCAGCGGGCCGCAGUGGAGCUCGCUGGUGGGCGGCGAGGCGAAGGUGUGCCGGCGCAAGUGGUGGACCCACCUGCUGUUCCUCCACACCCUGCUGGAUCGCGACGAGAAAUGCUUGAUACAGACUUGGUUUCUGGCAACGGACAUGCAGCUGUACGUGCUUGCGCUGGUGCUGACGUUGGUGCUGCGCGGGCGGCGCCACGCUGUGUCGGUGCUGUGCGCGCUGCUGGCAGCGCUCACUGGCACGUGCCUGGCGCUGGCGUACGCCUGGCGACUGAUGCCCACCUACGUAAUGACUCAACCCGAAUUGAUUCGUGUGGAGUACCGCGGCGACUUGACGUACAACUUGCUGUACCAGUCGCCGCUGGGCAACUCCGCGGGCGCACUGGCGGGCCUGCUGCUGGCGCACGUGCACCACGCGCUGAGCGGCGCCAACGUGCGCAUUGCGGACAGUAAAUGGUUCCGCUGGUCGUCGCUGGCGGCGGCGCCAGGCGCGCUGCUGUUUAUGGCCUGGUCGCCGCUGGUGCUGGGCGAGGGUCCGCCGCGCCGCGCCGUCGCCGCAGUGCUGGCAGCAGUCGAGCGGCCGGUGUUCGCGGGGCUGGUGGCCUUGGCGCUGCUGGGAGCUAUGCAUGGCGUCAGAUCUCCGUGGCGCACGUGGCUUACGUCGGGCAGCACCGUGCUGGUGCGGCUGUCGUUCGGCGCGCUGCUGUUGAACAUACCGGUCAACAAGUGGCUGGUGGCAGCCCGCCUGGCACCCGCGCAGGUCGACCGCCAGAACGUGAUAUUGGAAUUUUUCGGUGUAGCGAUAGCGUCGUUCUUGGCAGCGGUACCGCUUGCCCUGCUGGUCGAGCUGCCGGUGCAGCGCUUGUACAAGGAGCUCAGAUUACUCUGCAUCCGGCCUCUACCGCCCACAGAACAGAACAAGCCACCGCAGCCCACAGAACAGAACAAGAGAGGGGAGAAGACUGACCAUGUCAAAAACAAUGACAGACCAGCUGAUCAUUUGGAAACAUAAUUUGUUCUAACAUUGGAUUUAUAGGGAAAAGUAUUGUCACUUACGUAUCUGCAGUAUCCAAAGACCACUAUAGAUUUUUAUAAGAAGCAAAUGUCUUUUAGUCGGCUGGUCAACAUCGGUUUAGAUUUUACUUAUUCCAUAUUAUACCAUAUUAUUUACCUACUUACUUAUACCAUAUUUAUUAUAGUAACUAGCAGACGCCCGCGACUACGUCUACGAAUAUUUAAAUUUCCUUUUUUUUUUCAUAAGAACCUUCUCCUGACAAUGACAGACACAUCAAAAAAAAAAUUGUGAAAUCUGUCAAGCCGUUCACACGUGAUGGCGUAACCAAGGGAUUUAAGGAUUUAUUUUUAUAUAAUACAAAUAAAUCCUUAAAUCCCUUGGUCUAAAGACUGUAUAGAUAUUUGCUCGGCAGGGCGUGUCUUAAACCAGUUUCUAGUAAAGAUGUAAAUUAAGAAAGUCACUGUACUUAAUACAAAGUGCUGUUGAAACAUUACCUAAUAGAAAUGUACAAUACAGGUGUAGUAAUUUAUGAUACCUUUAAUUGAGUUGCAAUAACUUGUAUUUAUGACUAGGUCUAGGUUUUGUAUUUCUCUUUAAGAACUUGUGAUCCAUUUGUUGGUUUUUGAGACACAAACUAGUUAGUUAAUGAGAAUAAUUAAUAAUUAUUAAGUUGAUAUACCUAUGGAGAUGUAUCAGUUUGAAUGUAAAACAUUUGAAUGAAGUGUAAAUGUUUAAGUGAGAGAAAUAAUUAGUGUCAUUGUAACAAGCAUACGGCACUCUUGACAAUGUUCUGUAGGAAUCAUUAGUUUUGUUUUGGUUUGAGGUUUGUAUUGAUUAAAUUAGCAGAUGGGAGUAGAAAAAUAAAAUCCUUGUACACAA